AUGGAUCGGAAAUGGAUGUGUGCUAAUCGAUUGUCGCAGGAAUAUGGGGAUGGAGUAAAAGAAUUCAUCAGUUUUGCAAUUAAGAAUGCUGAGGAUUGCAACAGGAUCAUAUGCCCUUGUUUACGUUGUUGUCAUGGAAGGCGAGUCAAUGCAUCUAAGUUGGAAGAUCAUCUUGUAUGUUAUGGAAUUGAUGAAAAUUAUACAUGUUGGACAAAGCACGGAGAGAGAAGAGAUGUGUCUAGCAGUUCAAGGGCUAAUGCGAGCCAUACACUCGAAGAUGAUGCAGAUAUGUUUGAGGAUGAUAUGUUCGUGGAUGACCGUGUUGAGGAGAUCGUCAAUAUGGUUGAAGAUGAUUUUCGAGAAUGUCCUGAGAUGUUUGAAAAGUUGAAGACUAAUGCUGAGAUGCCAUUAUAUGAUGGAUGCACUAAAUUUACAAAGUUGUCAGGAGUUUUAAAUUUGUAUAACUUAAAAGCUGGCAAUGGAUGGACUGACAAGAGCUUCACAGAAUUACUUGCACUUCUGAAAAAUAUGCUUCCAGAGGAUAAUGUGCUUCCUAGUCGAAACUAUGAGGCUAAACAAAUGUUAUGCUCAAUUGGCUUGAGCUAUGAGAAGAUACAUGCUUGUCCUAGAGAUUGCAUAUUAUUUCGUAAUGAAUACAAAACAUUAAAGAAUUGUCCUAAAUGUACUGCCUCACGUUAUAAGAAGAAAGGAUCAUGUCCAGCAAAGGUGGUAUGGUAUUUUCCUAUAAUACCGAGAUUCAGGCGCAUGUACAAUAGUGCAGAAGAUGCAAAACACUUAAGAUGGCAUGCUGAUGAAAGGAUUGAUGAUCGGAAUCUUCGACACCCAUCAGAUUCACCUCAAUGGAAAAAGUUUGAUAGAGACAACGACGAUUUUGGUAAAGAAGCAAGAAAUUUACGCCUUGCACUGGCUACCGAUGGAAUGAACCCGCACAAUAGCGGCUCCCACAGUAUAUGGCCAGUAAUUUUGAUGAUUUAUAAUUUACCUCCAUGGUUAUGCAUGAAGCGCAAGUAUAUGAUGUUGACUAUGUUAAUCUCUGGACCGACACAACCAGGAAAUGAUAUAGACGUAUACUUGGCUCCUCUAAUUGAAGACUUGAAACAACUGUGGGAGACAGGUGUGGAGGUUUAUGACAAGUUCAAGGAAGAAAAAUUCAUAUUGAGGGCUAUGUUGUUUGGCACAAUUAACGACUUUCCGGCGUAUGGUAAUGUGUCAGGAUACACGGUUAAAGGGCAAUGUGCAUGUCCUAUAUGUGAAGAUGACACUUAUUCAAUUCGACUACAACAUUGUCAGAAAAAUGUUUAUCUUGGGCAUCGUAGAUUUUUGCACCCGAAUCAUAAAUAUCGAGGUUGGAGGAAAGCUUUCAAUGGGAACACAGAAGAAGGUUUAGCUCCUACACCAUCGUCUCGUGCUGAUAUGUGGAUCAAAGUGAAAGAUUUGUGUUGCAAAUUUGGUAAAGAUUUUUCAAAAGAGCUUCCCACGCGCGGGUGGAAGAAAAGAUCAAUUUUCUUUGAAUUGCCUUAUUGGAAGUCGCUGUAUGUGAGACACUUCCUUGAUGUCAUGCACAUCGAGAAGAAUGUUUUUGAGAGUGUUAUUAAUACCUUAUUGCAUGUUCCUGGAAAGUCCAAAGACAGCAUCAACGCAAGGCUAGACAUGGUUAAUAUGGGCAUAAGAGCAGAAUUGGAACCAGUUCAGAAGGGAAAACGCACGUAUCUACCUCCAGCUGCACACACUCUAUCCAAGAAUGAGAAAAUUUCUUUUUUUGAGUGUCUUAAUGGUGUGAAAGUUCCAGAAGGGUACUCAUCAAAUAUCAGAAACCUCGUUUCAAUGAAAGACCUAAAACUGAAGGGUCUAAAGUCUCAUGAUUGCCAUGUGCUCAUGGAGAAUUUUUUGCCGAUUGCCAUACGAUCUAUUUUGCCCAAAAAGGUCCAAAAGACUAUAACUAAGUUAUGUUUCUUCUUCAAGGCUAUUUGUAGCAAGAUGAUUGACCCUGAAAGAUUGCCUUUAUUGCAAAAAGAAAUUGUUGUUACUUUAUGUGAGCUUGAGAUGUACUUCCCACCUUCUUUCUUUGAUAUAAUGAUACAUCUAACUGUUCACUUAGUUAGAGAGACACAAUUUUGUGGACCAGCUUAUAUGAGAUGGAUGUACCCAGUUGAACGUUAUAUGAAAGUAUUAAAAGGGUAUGUGAAAAAUCGAAGUCGGCCAGAAGGUUGCAUGGUUGAACGAUACAUUGUGGAAGAAGCUAUUGAAUUUUGUACUGAAUAUUUAUCAAAUGCUCAAUCCAUUGGGCUUCCAAAGUCUCGUCACUCAGGAAAGGAAAAGGAAGCUGGGGAAGGAAUCAUCAGAGAGAAAAUUGUAACAGCCCCAAGUAGUGAACGAGAAAAAGCGCACUUGUAUGUUCUUCACAACACUACUGAGGUUGAUCCAUAUGUUGAAAAACACAAAUAUGAAAUCCGUACCUCGAACCCAAAUAGGAGUGAAAAUUGGAUAGCGAAAGAACACAACAAAACUUUCAUAACUUGGCUGAGAGAUUGCGUUCAUUUAGAGUUGGAGGAAAAUCCUAAUUCUAUUUCAGAAAGACUGAGAUGGUUAUCAAAAGGUCCGAGUAUUCAUGUUUUUUCUUACACGGGUUAUCUGAUUAAUGGAUACACCUUUUAUACCAAAGAGCAAGAUGAUCGAACUACAAUGCAAAAUAGCGGUGUUACACUUAUAGCUCAGUCUAUGCAUAUCUCAAGUGCUAAAGACAAAAAUCCAGUACAUGAGAGUAUGUCUUACUUCGGGGUGAUUGAACUCAUAUGGGAGUUGGAUUACACGAUUUUUCAAGUGCCUGUGUUCGGAUGUAGGUGGGUUGACAACAAUAACGGUGUUCGAAUCGAUGACUUAGGGUUCACACAAGUGGAUUUGAAUAGGGUGGGGUACAAAAAUGACCCUUUUAUCUUAGCAUCACAAGCUGAACAAGUCUUCUUUGUCACUGAUCCUGCUGAUAAGAAGUGGUCCAUCGUGCAAUUGUCAAAUAAAAUAAAUGACAACAAAGAUUAUGAUGAAAACCAGCAGAAAUCUGUUGAUAAAGAGGAUGACCCAUUCAAAGGGAUAUCACAUUCACUAGAUGAUGAUCUAAUAGAAGAUGAUGAUUUAUAUAUGAGAGAUGACCAUGUAGAGGGAAUUUGGAUAGAUCAAUCAUUUAUUGACAAAGAGAGGCAAACAAGUCUUAAAUUGAGGAAAAAAAGGAAAAGAAUGCAAUGA